GUUGCUAUAAAGAUCAUUGACAAGACCCAGCUGGAUGAAGAGAAUCUCAAGAAGAUUUUUAGAGAAGUUCAGAUUAUGAAGAUGCUCUGCCACCCACAUAUCAUCAGAUUAUAUCAGGUUAUGGAGACGGAGAGGAUGAUUUAUCUGGUGACAGAGUAUGCUAGCGGAGGGGAAAUAUUUGAUCACCUGGUAGCCCAUGGACGGAUGGCUGAGAAGGAAGCUCGACGAAAGUUCAAGCAGAUUGUAGCUGCUGUCCACUUCUGUCACUGUUGUAACAUAGUUCACAGAGACCUGAAGGCAGAGAAUCUGCUGCUGGAUGCGAACCUUAACAUCAAGAUAGCAGAUUUUGGGUUUAGUAACAUCUUCACACCUGGCCAGCUGCUUAAAACCUGGUGUGGGAGUCCUCCCUAUGCGGCCCCUGAACUCUUUGAAGGGAAGGAGUACGACGGGCCGAAAGUUGACAUUUGGAGUCUUGGCGUGGUCCUGUAUGUGCUGGUCUGCGGUGCUCUGCCCUUUGAUGGGAGUACGCUGCAGAAUCUGCGGGCAAGGGUGCUGAGCGGGAAAUUUCGCAUUCCAUUUUUUAUGUCCACAGAAUGUGAGCACUUGAUCCGCCACAUGCUGGUGCUGGACCCGAGCAAGCGACUCUCGAUGGAACAGAUUUGCAAACACAAAUGGAUGAAGCUCGGGGAAGCGGAUGCCGAGUUUGACAGGUUAAUAGCAGAAUGUCAGCACCUCAAGAUUGAAAGGCAGAUGGAGCCACUGAAUGAAGAUGUGCUCCUAGCCAUGGUGGAGAUGGGGUUGGACAAAGAGCGCACACUACAGUCACUGAGGACAGACGCCUAUGAUCACUACAGUGCAAUCUAUAGCCUGCUCUGUGACCGAUUAAAGAGGCACAAGAACCUGCGCAUUACAGCACCGCCCAGCGUGCCGCGGACCAUGGCCUUCUCCACCCCAGCUACCAUCCAGGCGGAACAGGCAGGCAACCCCGUGAGUAUCAAUGUGCCGCAAGUGCAGCUCAUCAACCCCGAGAACCAGAUUGUAGAGACCGAUGGGACGAUGAACUUGGACAGCGAUGAAGGGGAAGAGCCAUCCCCCGAGGCCCUGGUCCGCUAUCUCUCGAUGAGACGGCACACUGUUGGAGUUGCUGACCCCCGCACGGAGGUGAUGGAAGAUCUCCAGAAGCUCCUGCCAGGCUACCCUCGUGUCACUCCCCAGGCUCCGUUCCUGCAAGUGAUGCCAAACAUGAGCUUCAUGCACAACAUGCUGCCUAUGCAGAACCUGCAGCCCACGGGCCAGCUGGAGUACAAGGAGCAGUCCUUGCUGCAGCCCCCCACGCUGCAGUUGUUGAAUGGAAUGGGCCCUCUGGGGCGACGGGCUUCGGAUGGCGGAGCCAACAUCCAGCUGCACGCACAACAGCUGCUGAAGCGCCCUCGAGGUCCUUCCCCCCUCGUCACUAUGACGCCGGCAGUGCCAGCAGUUACCCCCGUGGAUGAGGAGAGCUCCGACGGGGAGCCGGAUCAGGAAGCUGUACAGAGAUACUUGGCAAAUAGGCCAAAAAGGCACACUCUGGCAAUGACCAACCCUACAGCUGAAAUCCCUCCAGACUUGCAGAGGCAGCUAGGACAGCAGUCUAUUCGAUCCCGGGUUUGGGCUCCACACCUGGUACCCGAUCAGCACCGCUCUGUUUACAAGGACUCAAACACCCUGCACCUGCCCACGGAGCGCUUCUCCCCCGUUCGCCGCUUCUCGGAUGGUGCUGCCAGCAUCCAGGCCUUCAAAGCCCACCUGGAGAAAAUGGGCAAUAACAGCAGCAUCAAACAGCUUCAGCAGGAGUGCGAGCAGCUACAGAAGAUGUAUGGUGGGCAUAUGGAUGAGAGAACUCUGGAGAAGACACAGCAGCAGCACAUGUUGUACCAGCAGGAGCAGCAUCAUCAAAUUCUCCAUCAGCAGAUUCAGGAUUGUAUUCGCCCACCUCAGCCAUCUCCUCCCUUGCAAGCUCCAUGUGAAAACCAGCCAGCUCUGCUCACUCACCAGCUGCAGAGGUUACGGAUUCAGCCAUCUAGUCCACCCCCAAACCACCCUAAUAAUCAUCUCUUCAGGCAGCCAAAUAGCAGCCCCCCGCCUGUGAAUAGCAGCAUGCUACAGACUCAUGGUGCAGCCUCUCAGCCCCAGUUCCAAGGGAUGCCUUCCCACAGUGCGAUCUUCCAGCAGUCUGGUAACUGCUCCCCUCCCCCCAGCGUGGCCCUGACGUGCAUGGGCAUGCCGCAGCAAUCCCAGCCGCAGCAGGUCACCAUCCAAGUGCAAGAGCCUGGAGAGAUGCACAACAACAACCUCCUGCCAGGGGCAGCUGUGGCAGGGCAGGGCAUGUCCCCCCACCCCCGGGGCAUGUCCAUCAACCCGAGUGCCAAUCAGAUCCAAAUGCAGCAUCGUGCUAACCUGAUGGCCUCUCUCACGUACGGUCACAGGCCACUGUCCAAGCAGCUCAGUGCUGACAGUGCAGAGUCUCAUAGCCUGAACAUGAACAGGUACCCCCCCACGAACUACGACCAGGUGCACUUACAUCCCCACCUGUUCUCGGAUCAGGCCCGCGCAUCCCCCGGCAACUACGGCCCCUCAGCGGGGGUGGGGUUCCCUGCAACACAGCAAGGCCUGAAAGUCCCUCAGCUUGACCAGUUCCCCAGCUUCCCUCAAAGCGCACAUCAACAGCAGCACUACACAGCAUCGGCGCUGCAGCAGGCACUGCUGUCCCCAACCCCGCCGGAUUACAGCCGACACCAGCAGGUACCGCACAUCCUCCAGGGACUGCUUUCCCCCCGGCACUCGCUCACGGGGCACUCGGACAUGCGACUGCCCCCAGCAGAAUUUGCACAGCUCAUCAAACGCCGGCAGCAGCAGCAGCAGCAAGAAUUUCAAGAGCUGUUCAGGCACAUGAGCCAAGGAGACGCUGGGAGCGUGGGCCCCAGCAUGGGACAGAACCUGUCGGAGCGGCAGUCGUUGUCUUUGCCUUAUCAGAACGCUGACACCUACCAUCACAACAGCCCCCAGCAUCCCUUAAAAAUCAGGGCACAAGAAUGUAUCCAGCAGGUAUCUGCAUCAGGGGCACCGCACGGGUACGGACACCCGCCGGCUCUGAGCCAUUCGGAGAGCAUGGAGGAGGACUGUGCGUGCGAGGGCGCCAGGGACAGCUUUCCGGACAAUAAGAGUUCAAACACAUUGACCAAAGGUGGCCAUGACAGCCCACUGCUGUUAAAUGCAGGCGGGCACGGGGACCCAGAAUCUCUGCUAGGAACUGUUAAUCAGGGGCAGGAAUUGGGGACGCAUCAUUACAGACAUCCGCAAGCUGCUGGAUUCAGUAGGAAUAAGGUGCCCAGCAGAGAAUCCAUUGUAGGGAGCUGUAUGGACAGAAGUUCUCCUGGACAAGCUAUGGAGAUGCCCGAUCACAAUGGACUGGCUUAUUCUUCAAGACCAGCUUCCACGGAACACCACAGACCCAGAACUCUGCAGAGGCAUCACACCAUCCAGAACAGCGACGAUGCUUAUGUCCAGCUGGAUAACUUGCCAGGGAUGAGUCUGAUGGCAGGGAAAGCACUCAGCUCUGCGCGGAUGUCUGACGCCGUGCUCAGCCAGUCUUCGCUCAUGACCAGCCAGCAGCUACACGCCAGGGAGAGCGACGACUGUGUGGAAAGAUUGGAAGGUCCAGAGCAUCCAUCUCUAGCCGACGGCAGCCAGCAUUUAAACGCCUCUUGUUACCCAUCUACGUGUAUUACAGACGUCCUCCUGAGCUACAAGCACCCAGAGGUGCCCUUUGGGAUGGAGCAGGCUGGGGUGUAACAGGAAGGAGGGAGUUUUGUGUACAGCUUUGAAAUGAAAAGGUCCAUUUUAAACCAACAGUAUCUAGCAGCAUUGCGCCAAAUCGCCGUAGUAUUUCUCACUGGAAAUACCCUGGCUCCUUUCCUCAUAAUCAGUUCCUCACUGUGUCCUUUGUUCCGGUUCUUUCAUUUUUGCCAUAUUUGCCUGUAACGCCAGCUGUCACGGAGCUAACCAGAGUCCUGCAGGCUGUGGAGCGUGUGUGGCGUUGGGUUUGGCGGGGCUUUUCAAUGCAAAGGGCCAGGCAGCCCUGGAUGGUGGAGACUCAGUCCUCCCUUGCGUUCAACCCCACUCUUCAGACGUGUCCCACGUCCCCUUUCUCUGGGGACGAGGAGGAGAGGACGGGACAAACGCAUCCUGGCACCUGCCUCGUGAGGGGAAGCGAGGGCGGGGAGGGAUUUGGCAGCUCUGUCCUUGGCAAGCAAUAAGCAGAGCUCCUGAAAGCCAAGUCCAAACCCAGAGUUGUUUUUCCAGCGUACACCAUGUCUGACAAGCCCAGCCCCUAGGGCAGUGGAAGGCCACCCUGUAGUUUGAUUUCCACAUCCUUUGCAUUUGACCUGAUAGCAAGACCCAGAGCUCCUCUGGGGCAAGAGCAACUCGGUCUCUCUUAUCACCAUACUCCCCCCUCCUCGACCUGUGGGGCAGAUUGUGUUCCUCACCCUGCUCGUUCUUCCCCUCGAUGGUUAGAACACCCAGGAGUGGUGCAAUACGCUUUGUGUCUCUUUGUCUGCUUCUCUUCCUUCUCCCUCGCCAUUGUGCUAAAAGGGUCAUCUCUCCUUUUUCCUCCUUUUGUGAUACCUUUGCCUUUCAAACCCAUGGACAACCUUUGAUUUUCUUUUGUUUUUUCCAGUUUAAAGUAGAGAAGACAGGUUGUUUCUCUUUGUUUUGUUUUUUUUCUAGCUUUUCCUCCUGAUCAUGUAGGAGUUGUUUUAUGGUAAAUGUUGUUGUUGUUUUAAUUAUUAUUAUUAUUAUUAUUAUUAUUAAUAAUAAAAGACAAAAGGAAUUUCUGUUUGAGAGAAAUUUUUAACUAGAUUCUGUUCUAUUUGAAUUGUGACUUGCACCUUUUGUUCAAAGUAUUUUAUUUCUUUUUAAUGACAUUGUAAUUGUGACUGGUUUUUUCUCUUGUGGCAGAAGUGGUAUUCUCCUUUAUACAAAUUCAGAUGUGCAUAGAUCUUUUCUUUGUCUUUUUGAUUUCUUUCCUUGACUGAUAGAAACCAAUGCCCCCUCCAGUGGUUGGGGCGAAGGGGAGUCUUUUGUGUCAUCAUUGCCUUUGGAACUUUAAAAGCUACAACUGAAAAUCCCUUUUAUUGACACUUUUUGGGAGUGUUUUUUUUUUUUUUUUUUUGUUAAGUAAAAGAAAAAUCAAUCCAACCCUCCUAUAUUUGCACAGAAGGAAGUGUGAGACCAACAUGGCAAAGGUUAAUUUGCUAUCACCAUCUCUUCCCCGAAACUCGCCCUCCCCCAGCAAUUGUCAUCAAUGGACCUGCAGUCACAAGAGGGGAGGGGAGAGAGGAAAUCUGCAACUGAGGAGCAGUACCUCCCAGGUCAACGUUUCUAGGAAGCCUCCUGUUGCUCUGGUUUUGUUGGUGUGUAGUUGUCAAGUCACAUUUCCUUACCAUGUCCAAUAGGCGGUGUGUCUUUGGGGAGGGUGGGGGACCCAGACAGGGCUUGCCAGACUUCAGCAAGAAGGUACUAAGGAACACUGAAAGCCUUUUUGACAUUGCUCUGUAGCUUUGAUUUGUUUUCCUUUUGUUUACAUGACAUUGUAUUUCUGGGAGAGUUGACAGCUGCCCUACAGUAGCCAUCCAAAAGAAAAGCAGGGACUUGCUUAACCGUGCCAUUUCGCAGUAUCACACUUUUUUAUCGUUGCUUUGUAUUGUAGUAAUCAAUACGCGCAGUAUAUGUUGAAUGUACAUUAAUAUACUUUGCUAUUAUUUCUGUUUUUUGGAAAUGUCCGAAGUAUUUUUUCUUCCUCAUUGAUGCUGGACUAAAAACAAACUUUCAGUAAAUCUUUAGUCCAUUUUUUUUUUUUUGUGGGUCACUUGCAACUAGUAACUUAGUUGGACAGUGGGAUCAUGACAAAUAAAAUCAUGAUUAUGA